CGGAAGCCGCGCUGAGCCAGCACAGACGGUUUCCACCCGCUAAAAGCGAAAUUCCAGAGGCAGGAGCAGCGAGCGGCCAUUCCUGUUUGAGCGAGGAGGUGCCGGGGAGGAAUUACUCCGAAAGGAAAACAACACGACACGAAAUAUUUUGUGCUCGGCAGCCGCCAUGAGUUUGGAGAAAGCCCAGCUGUGCGACUCGCUGCUGAUAUGGCUGCAGACGUUCCAGGUUCCCUCCUGUUCCUCCAAACAGGAACUGACGAGCGGCGUGGCGGUGGCACAUGUGCUGCACAGGAUAGACCCUGGCUGGUUCAACGAGGCGUGGCUCGGACGAAUCAAAGAAGAGAGUGCAGAGAACUGGAGGCUGAAGGUGAACAACUUGAAGAAGAUCCUGCAGAGCAUGCUGGAGUACUUCCAUGAUGUUUUGGGCCACCCCGUUUCAGACCGUCACCUGCCCGACGUGAACCGGAUCGGGGAGCUCAAUGACGAGACUGAACUGGGCAAACUGGUCCAACUGGUGCUGGGCUGUGCGGUCAGCUGUGAGAAGAAGCAAGCUCACAUCCAGCAGAUCAUAACCCUGGAGGAGUCCGUGCAGCAUGUGGUCAUGACGGCCAUCCAGGAGUUGAUGACGAAGGACUCCGCAGAUCCAGGGACCCCAGAAACAUACGGAGACUUCGACAAUCAGGCCCAGAAGUAUUAUUUCUUGAGUGAGGCUGUGCAUGAGAAGGAGGAUUUGACCCUACGAUGCAGGGAGCUGGAACAGCAGGUAUCCUCUAUCCAGGAUGAGAGGAACGCUCUGCUGUCUGAGACCCGCAGCCUGAGAGAGCAGCUGAACCAGCGAGACCCGCCCACUAACAUCACGGGCAAGAAGCUGCUGCUGCUGCACAGCCAGCUGGAGCAGCUGCAGGACGAGAACUUCAGGCUGGAGAGCUCCAAGGAUGACCUGCGACUGCGCGCCGAGACGCUGGAGAGGGAGGUGUCCGAGCUGCAGCGUCGAAACGAGGACCUGAGCAGCCUGGCCGAGGAGGCCCAGUCCCUCAAAGACGAGAUGGACAUCCUGCGGCACUCGUCGGACAGGGUGAGCCGGCUGGAGGCUCUGGUGGAGACGUACAAGAGGAAGCUGGAGGACCUGGGAGACCUGCGCAGGCAGGUGAAGCUGCUGGAGGAGAGGAACGGCGUGUACAUGCAACGCACCUGCGAGCUGGAGGAGGAGCUGAGGAGAGCCAACGCCGCACGCAGCCAGCUGGACAGCUACAAGAGACAGGUCCACGAGCUGCACAGCAAGCACUCCUCGGAGGCGAUGAAGGCGGAGAAGUGGCAGUUUGAGUUCCAGAACGUCCACGUGAAGUACGAAGCCCUCCUGAAAGAGAAGGAGAGGCUGAUCGCUGAGAGGGACACCUUACGAGAGACCAACGAAGAGCUCAGGUGUGUGCAGGUGGAGCAGACGUUCCUCAGAGAAGCAGAUUCCCUUGGUGAGGAAGACGCCAGUUCAGUGGGUAACCUGGCAGCGGAGAUUAUGCCAGCGGAAUUCAAAGACUCGAUGGCGCGGCUGCAGUCUGAGAACAGGAUGCUGUGUGAGCAGGAGGAGAGCUGCCGGCAGAGACUGGCGGAGGUGCAGGGCCAGCUGGAGGAGUCCCGUCGGAGCCAGAACCGCCUGGAGACUCAGAACCGGCUGGACCAGCAGCACAUCACUGAAUUGAAGGCGCAGGUGCAGGAGCUGCAGAGAACUCUACAAGAGCAAGACACCAAGACUGAGGACUCAUCCUUGUUGAAGAGAAAACUAGACGAGCAUCUAGAGAAGCUCCACGAGGCGCACUCGGACCUGCAGAAGAAGAAGGAGUUUAUCGAUGACCUGGAGCCCAGAAUCGACGAUGACGCCGCGAGGAAGAUUGACGAGCUUGAGGAGAGCCUGAAGAAGAAAGACGAGGACAUGAAGGCGAUGGAGGAGCGCUACAGGAAAUACGUGGAGAAGGCCCGGACGGUUAUUAAGACACUGGACCCGAAGCAGCAGCCUGAUACGGUGGCUCCCGAGGUCCGGUCUCUGAAGAACCAGCUGCAGGAGAGAGAGAGCAGGAUCCAGCACCUCCAGCAUGACUUUGAGAAGUCCAAGUCCAGACAUGACCAGGAGGAGAAGCUGAUCAUCAGUGCCUGGUACAACAUGGGAAUGGCCCUUCAUCAGAAGCUGGCGAAGGAGAGGACUGGGGCUCCGGCACUCGCACAAUCCUUCCUGGCACAGCAGAGACAGACGACCAGCGCACGCAGAGGACUGAAGAGCAGGCUGCAGCAGGGCCUGCCUCGAUGAGGGAGGAGCCAGGGGGUCGGGGGAGGAGUCGGGGGAGGAGCUAGUGAGCCAGGGAGGAGGGCAGGGGAGGAGCCAGGGGAGGAGCCAAUGGAGGAGCCAGGGAGUCAGGGGAGGAGCCAAGGGAGGAGCCAGGGAGUCAGGGGAGGAGCCAGGGAGCUGACUUUUCUGCAGGUGAUCAGGACAGGGAGCAAAUGAACACGCUGCCGCCCUGCUGGUGACACCUGGGUAACGCAGUCUAGUUUCAGUUCAGAAUUAAGAGUCAGGGAUUAUCUAAUGGUAUGUAAUGAUCCACCCACUUUGAAAACAGGUUUCUAAUGCAGAGUCUGGUGCUUUUCACUUUUGAAUUCUUUAGUUGAAAUGCUGAAACACACCGGCCAGGAACUUUACAUUUUCUGGGAGUUUUUUCCUGAUUUUUUUAAUUAGAUUUUUAUUAUUUUAUUGGUAUGCUUUUAAUGUAUUGUUUUAAUUUCACUACUCUACUGUAUCCCCCUUUUCCAAACCAAUACCAAACCAAAGUGUUCGGUUUAAAAAAAAAAAAAAAAAAAAAAACUUGCUCCUGAAACGAAAAUCAAGAUUUUUAUAACAUCUAAAUAAACAAUAUAUAUACAUAUAUAUAAUUUCAAGCCCGUAGACAAA